AUGGCUGCCACCGCGACGAAGCCGCCGACGGUUGCUCUAUCCUUCUUCUCCUCCUCGCUCUUUGCCUCCUCUUCCAGGCAUGAGAUCCCGAAGCUCAUUUCGGUCUCUAAUCGAAACUCGAAUUCUACUGCCUCCAAAUCAGCCGCCAAGCCUCUCUCCAUCUCCUGCCAAGUCGCAACAAUCCCGAUUCUGUCAUUCACCGGGGAGAAGAUCGGAGAGACGUUCUUGGACCUGAAGUCCGCCCCGCCGGAGACGGCCCGCGCCGUCGUCCACCGCGGAAUAAUUACCGACCUCCGGAACAAGCGAAGAGGGACGGCCUCGACGCUGACCCGAGCCGAGGUCAGAGGCGGCGGGAGGAAGCCGUACCCGCAGAAGAAAACGGGCGGGGCGCGUCGGGGAUCCCAGAGGACUCCGCUCCGCCCGGGAGGAGGGGUUGUGUUUGGGCCGAAGCCCAAGGACUGGUCAAUCAAGAUAAACAAGAAGGAGAAGAAACUGGCGAUGUCGACGGCGCUGUCGAGCGCGACGGAGAGCAUGAUUUGCGUGGAGGAGUUCGGGGAGAAGUUUGAGAAGCCGAGGACCAAAGAUUUCAUCGAGGCGAUGGCGCGGUGGGGGCUGGACCCGAAGGAGAAGGUGAUGUUCCUAAUGAUGGAUGUGAGCGACACUGUUGGGCUGUCGAGCAGGAACAUCGGCACGCUGCGGAUGCUGACGCCGAGGACCCUCAAUCUGUUCGACAUUUUGAACUCGGAUAAGCUGGUGCUGACGCCCGACACCGUGGAUUUCUUGAACGGGAGGUAUGGAGCGGAGUACAGCGAGGAGGGAGAUGAUGAAGACGAGGAAGGCGGAGAGGUUGAGGAACAAGAAGAAGGCAUUGAAGGGGUUGAGGUUGUAGCUGCAGAAGGAAAUGCUGAUGCUACAAGUUAGGUUUUGGUAAUGGAAGAGUAGCUGGGUUCUGGAAGAACUUGUUAGGUAAUGUCGGAGCGAACGAAUUCAUCCAUCUCUGAGGAGCAACAAGUCCAUUUUGUGAGAAUCCUGACGUAAUUCAGCCACAGCCCACAAGGGAUUGAGGACAACAUUUUGAUUCAGUCAUUUCUGUUAUUUUUACCUGUAUCAUUUUCCAUUUUUGUGAAAGAUUUGCAAGC